AUGUACAACCCCUCACUUGUCACCCCUGGCGCUCCAACUCUCCCCAGCGCACGACAUCAAAUUGCCAAACUACCUUACCACUUAUCCACGGAUCAUCACUCGGCAAUUCUGGUUUUGACGGACCCGUCUAGCUCAUCUGAUCAAAUGGACAACAUCUCCUCUCGAAAGCGUCCUCCUUCAUUACACGACGAUGAGCAAACACAACAUAAGCGUUGGCGUCGUCCAUUACACUCCACCUUCAACAAACAGUCCCCCGAACCUCGGAUCCCACUUCUUCCCUCCGACCCAAUUGUUCCUCAAAAACGUCUUCAUCUAUCACAAGAAUGCGAGGAAACGCACCGCAAGCGUUCUCGUACACCAUGGUACUACGCGAGUAACCAACAAACAUCCCUCAUGGGUUCUUCACAACAUCCACCUUUCACAUUUCAUUGUCCAUUGACAAGCCAGAUUCGACAGCAUCAGGACAAUAGAAUGAUGGUUGAACAAGCAGGUAAUGAGUGUCGGUUUGAUCCCCAAGCUAAUGAUACAGAUACGGAUCAAUCACGCUUGGAGCAAGGACCAUUCCACAACAAUCCCACCCAUAGCUCAUCACCAACAGAUUACGCUCGCAAACCUCCCAAUCCAUCACGUUCCCAUUCUCAAGAAUCAACGAGCAGGAAUCACGGCCCCUCUCCUCCAAGUCAAGACAAUCCCGAAGCAUUCUCCAGUAAUUCUAGCUCCUCUGGUCACCUUCAACUUUCCGAAUCUCAAGUCAACAGGCCUCCUUCAGCUACAAUUAUUCAAUCUCAUGAUUUACAACAGUCGCAGGUGUCUUCAACGCAUCAGCAGCCUGCCUUGGUAUUAAACCUCGAGGACAAACAAGCAUACGAGGAUGCUGGAUUUCAGCCGCACCUCCCGUUAAACAAUCAUACCUUUGACGAACCUAGAAAUCAUAAUACUUGGACCAACCAUAGCCAAAUUAAUGUCAAUGAUCGAGUUCAAGAUUACGCUGCGAACCACAAUCCUUACUUAACUUAUGACAAUGAUACUAGAGAUCACGACUCACACUUACCCCCCCCAAUCCACAAUUCCAUUCGAGAUCGACCCCGCUCAGCACCGGAGCAUAUUCUAUCAAGUUCAGCCCCCAGGUAUACUAGCAAUAUCACCAGUCCGCCACGUGCACAAUCUCAAGACUCAACAAGACGCAAAUUGGAUGCACCCUACGCCGAUGCCCACAUCAAUGAGUUUCCCUUCCGACUCAGCUCAUCCUCGCACGAUGUCCCAUUCCAUUCAGUACCCAUUCCCGUGCAUCCUAAAAAAACUCUCAAUCCGACGAUUACCGAGUCUCAGGAAUUCAUCAGGAGCAGCCAUGCAACUUAUUCAUCAAAUAAAGCCCAUGUCGAAACUACCUGCGCUGGCGUUCGUGGCUCUUCUCCGUUACCCAAUCCACCCCACGAAAAUUCACAGCCAGAGGAUUUUGUUUUGCCCUCCGUGACUCCAAUCCCCCAUCUGUUUCCAGACUCACACCGCACUCAUGGACAGCCAAAAACGCAACAACACCUCCGUCAACAAUCUCAAGCUCAUCCUGUGAUGUUGACGUCACCUUCUCAAAUGCGACCACCGUCCCGGAUGUCUGAAAGUGGGCAAUCAUCCAGGAUGUCCUGCAGUGCAGCACAUAAUGAUCCUCGACACACGACAGUAGUCCCAUCUACUUAUCCACCCCCACACUACACUCAUGGACACCCAGAGACGCUGCGCCACCUCGCUCAACAAUCUCGGGCUCGAUCACCUUCUCAAAUGCGUCCACCGUCCCGGAUGUGUGAAAGUGGGCGAUCAUCCAGGAUGUCCGUCAGUCCAGCAAAUAAUCCACCACUUGAUGCUCAACACGCAACAGUAGUCUCAUCUACUUAUCAACCCCCGCACUACACUCAUGGACAACCAGAGACGCAGCGCUAUCUCGUUCAACAACCUCAAUCUCAAGCUCAUCCUGUGAUGUUGACGUCACCUUCUCAAAUGUGUCCACCGUCCCCGAUGUCUGAAAGUGGGCAAUCUGCCAGGAUGUGCUUCAGUUCAGCAAAUGAUUUAACACUUGAUUCUCGACACACAACAGCAGUCCCAUCUACUAAUCAAGCCCCACGCUACACUCAUGGACAGCCAGAGAUGCAGCACUAUCUCGUUAAACAACCUCAACCUCAAGCCCAUCCUGCGAUGUUGACAUCACCUUCUCAAACGGGUCCACCCUCCAGGAUGUCCACCUCUUCCAGCAAUAGUUUGCAAAAUCAAUCCAUCUCACGACGUAAUCAACCUAAUGCUCAACAGGCACCAUCAGCUCCACCUACUUAUCAACAUCGACCACUUGCGUUAUCUUCGAGACAUUCCGCGGUCAAUACGUGUAAUCAAGCCCAUGACGAACCUCAAAACUAUUCUCAGACCAACCACAGUCACAUACAUUGCAAUGAUCGAGCUCAAGAUUAUGAUCCAAACUACAAUUUCCACUCACCUCGGCCACUCAAUGAGAAUCUUACUCGAGAUCGUCAAUCACAAUUACCUAAUCCAACAUUUACACAUGCUCAGCAGUCACAUGGUACCGUUUAUAACUCAGCCUUUCACCAUGCUCCCACCACAGCUCCCCAAAUCUACAAUCCCACUCCUCUACGCGCGACUUUGUGGGAUGGGUAUGCAUUCGACUUCAGAGGAGACCUCAUAUCAAGUGAACCAUCACAGCCCUUCGAACGACCCCAACCUCAACCCCAGCUCUCAGCCUCCGCAUCACGUUCUCACAUUCACCCAGGGGGAAAUCUCAGAUCAAGUGGAUCAUCUCAGCCCUUUGAGCGACCACAACAACAACAACAUCAUCAACCCCCCUCAGCCUCCACAUCACGUUCUCGCAUUCACCCAACGGGAAAUGUCAUAUCAAGUGAAUCAUCUCAGCCCUUUGAACGACCCCAACCCCAGCCUUCAGCCUCCUCAGCACGUUCUCGCGUCCACCCAGCGUCAAGGACUUCUACCUGUCCCACUCGAAUUGACCAAAAUCAAUCAGGUAGUCACUUUCAAAGUGCCCGGCCCCAAGCCUCCAGGUCGUCUGCAGCAGAACAUCCGCAUCGUAAUCCUCGACCUACACAGGAAGCCGCAGACAUGCGACAAUAUUCUACUCCAGUAUCGUCCUCUAGAUCCCUACGAACUUUACACACACAUGAUGCGACAGCAUAUCUUGACGAGGCGAUGGACGAAGACGAACCAAUGGCGCAAGGCGAGCCAUUGAAUCAAGACGAGCCCAUUGAAGAAGAAGAGCCCAUGGAAGAAGACGAGCCUAUGGAGGAAGACGAGGCGUUGGAGGAAGACGAGGCAGUGGAGGUUGAACUAGACGAAGACCAGGACACAGACGAAGCUCAGGACACAGACGAAGACCAGGACACAGACGAAUCCGACCUUGAAGGUGUCUUUGAUUUGGCUGAAAGUCGCAAGUAUCAAAAGCGCAAGUCUGCGCGCCGAGGUCAAAACACUCGUGCAAGGCACAAUACUGUCCGCCGUCAGAAGUUUGCAAAAGAUCCUUUAGAGUGCGGUCCGUAUGAACGACUCACUAUUGCAAUUCAUCAUUACAAUAAUCUGCUCCUUGGCAUUGUCCGGAAAGGUAAAGGCCGAAAGGGAAAUCGAACGCUUCCCCUGCCACCCUCUGACAAGGAGUAUUCCGCUUGGGACAAACGGAAGGCUGACCGUCGACGCCUGAUAGACAAAACUACUAACGAAGCUGAGUCUCGCUAUCGCCUAAAACAUCCACGCGCCCUGCCUGCUCAGCUGGCCAGGGUUUCCGAUCACGCUGUCGAGGAAGUUCUCUCGAAAAUUCCCCCCGUCAAAUUUACCUCAAUAGUGGCCCUCAGGAAUUCGGGUGUUCAUUACUCAACGACUGUUGCCUCUACUUGUGAAGCCGCAUUGGCUCUUUCUGGAUUUGUACGUUUUACAUAUGAUUGGACUGAUUCUAUCAAGUCCAAAUGGAAUGAAGCAGUCUCGGGAAUAAUUCUCCAAGAGUGGGAGAAAUGUUACAGGCGGGGAGACGCUGAUGAAUAUGACGUGGAUAUUAAUCAAGUCACAGGAAAAAAUAUGAGGCAAGUUCUUGACAGGUGGUUCAUCACCAAGGCUCGCGAGUAUAUUACCCAGUCCUCGCAAGCGGCUGAAAAUACAGAAACCCGAGCUCAAAAGCAGAAAGCAGCAAUAGAAAAAAAACGCGGAAGGGAAUCACAGAAGCGGCUCUGUAACGUUCGACAAAAAGCUCUGAGAACAUUUUUCCCACAACAUAAGGCACUUCGUGACAUCUUGUCGGAACGAUCAGUCCAUUCUGAAGACGAAGUGGACUCUGCUGGUAAUUUGUAUCGCAAAAAGAAGCUUUGGAGGCAUCAGGACCUCGACGACUUUCUUCAUGAGUUGGACGAGUUGCACAUCAAGGAGCAGGAGGGCGAUCAGGCCAUCACUUCAGCUGCCAAAACUCUGCGCCGUGGGCCUUACGCUAAUCUAGACGAUUCAGAUUACCUUUCACGGCCUCCCAAGGGAUUUCCCCAAAGUUUGCUCGACCAGCAGUUUAUGAAACAUCAUGUCUCCAGAGUUGCUGUAUUGGCCCUUCAACUUUCUGCAAACAAUUAUAAUUUAAUCCCCUUGAUUCAGCAUGUUAAAUGGCUCCAGUCACCAGAAGCCUCUUGA